CGUAUGUAAGGUGGGUUGGUGUUGUAUUUGCUCUAGUUUCUUAUCUGAAAAACGUUAUUAAGUGAAGAAGAAUGUGGUCUUGAAUUUUUUUUUGAUAAUCGAAUUCUCAUCAAACAUUUAAGAAAUAAAACUCGGCCAGAACGUUUCGCCGCCAUGAUGCCGCCCAGCGACUAUACCCUCGAGCUCGCCAGCGUCUACCACACCGGCCCUGUGGAGCCUGGGUCGUGCGUGCAGAAGGUGCUGGGCAACGUGCCCACUGGCGUCAUCCUGAAGGAGGUGUCGCUGCAGGUCCACUCUGGGGAGCUCAUGGCCAUCCUCGGGUCUAAAGGCAGCGGCAAGCGCGCGCUGCUGGAGGUGGUGUCGCGCAGGGCGCAGGGGCCCACGCGUGGCCAGAUCCUCCUCAGGAAGCUGCCCAUGUCGCUGCGCUUCUUCCAGGAGUCGUGCGGGUACGUGAGCCACAGCACGCAGCUGCUCGAAGCCCUCACCGCCCGCCAGACCCUCACCUACGCUGCCAGACUCUCCCUCUCUUCUGACAUCAGCAGGUCGAUGUUGAACAGUCGCGUGGUGCAGGUGCUAGCAGACCUCGCACUCACGCAGGUCACCAACCACUUCGUCCACCAGCUCACUCCCUCCGAGUACCGUCGCCUCGUCAUCGCCACGCAGAUCAUCAAAGAUCCGCUGGUGCUGCUGCUGGACGAGCCCGCGUGGGGGCUGGACCCCCUCAACACGUACCUGCUCAUCUCCAUCCUGAGCAACCAUGCCAAGAAGUACGGCAGGAUUGUCGUCAUUACCAUGGAGAAGCCCAGGUCUGACAUCUUCCCGUUCCUGGACCGUGUAACGUACCUGUGUCUGGGCGACGUCGUGUACACGGGCUCGACACGGCUCAUGCUCGACUACUUCAGAGGAAUAGGCUUCCCGUGUCCCGAGCUGGAGAACCCACUCAUGUACUACCUUUGCCUGUCCACGGUGGACCGCAGGUCGCGUGAUCGCUUCAUCGACUCCAACAACCAAAUCGCGGCGCUGGUCGAGCGCUUCAAAGUCGAGGGCGGCCCCUUCAGGAAGUACGCGGGGCCCAUCGAGAGCGACCCUCAGGACCACAAGGUGCCGCUCUUCUCCUACGGUCAGCCCGGCGUCAUCAGCGUGAUGCUCACGCUCUUCUGGCGAUCCUACUCACUCAUGCUACCCAACAACCGCGCAGGAGCGCAGGAUUUCUUCUUACGUCUGCUGCUGCUGCCGUCCUACUUCUUCUUGCUCUGGAACUUCUACUUCCCGCUGCAGAGCACACAGCGCAGCUUCCAGACACGAGGCGGUCUGGUGUUCAACUGCGUCGUGGGCACCGCCUUCCUCGCCGCCGCCGCCACCGCCACCACAUUCUCGGGUCACCGCACGCGCUACUACCACGAGGCACGCAGCGGGCUGUACCGCGGUCCACUCUUCCUUGUCUCGUACUUCUGCUUCGCCGCCCCCAUCGCCUUCCUCAGCGUCAUGGCUGCCUCAGCCAUCGUCUUCUUCGGUCUAGGGCUGACGACUGAAGGAAGAGACCCUGGUGCAACAGACCCCGACUGGCUGGGCUGGCUGCUGUUUGGGUCUGUGUUGUGGGCUGCGUGGGGCUUCGUGGAGCAGCAGACCAUCGCCCUCAUGCUCAUCGUCAGGUCGAGCUACUGCGCCGCGUCAGCGUCGGUCGCGCUCACCAGCGCAUACCUGCUCGUCGGCGCAGCGACCCUCAGGUCGCUCGUGGGUAUCCCCGACUGGUUGUACUACCUCAGCCACGUGAACGUCUUCAAGUUCGCGGCUGCGGCGCUGCAGCAGCAACUCCUGUGGCAGCAGCUGCCGUCCCUGCCCGUCAACGAGACCAUCACGUGUCCCGACAACAACGCUGAGUUCGGUUGCAGGUACCGCAACGGCACCUACUACCUGCUGGAGCGCUACCACGUCUUCCAGGGCGGAGUUGACCUGGACCGACAAGACCUGGACUUCUUCACGAACGUCGGCUUUUCGUUCAUCUUUUACGCCGGGAUGCUGAUAGGCAAUCUUGUUCUCUACCUCAUCCCUCUUCCCGCCUUCAUUAAAACCAAGUUCCGCGAGUAGACGACUUCCUAUGAACAGUAUACCUAUAUCAUUAGUAAUGUUUCUAUAUAUUUAUAUUGUGCUUCUAUAUAUAUACAUAUAUUGGUGUUA